AUGUUUUAUCUCAUUCGACUCAUCAUACCACCAGUUACAAAGUUACGCGGUAUUCAAGGCUUUUCGAAUUCAAUUACGGAGCCAAAGAGUGAUGGUGUUGCCUCUGGUCAUAAUCAACAAAACCCAUCAAAAUCAUCUUUAAUCUUCAUCAGCCCACUCGUCAAUCAUUGUAAAAUGCGCGUACUCAUAGAUACUGGAGCAACUACAACCUUUAUCAACGAAAAAUCACUACGUAAAACAAAACACCCAAAAUAUAUAAAUAAACAACAAAAAGCAUUCGUUCUUGCUGAUGGAUUAGUUCCAUUUCAUGUAUUAGUAGUUAUUGAAUUGUGCAUUAAAAUUGGAACUCUGACAACAAAAAUUUAUGUUCAUGUAGCAAAACAUCUUUGCACGGACAUCAUCUUAGGAAUGGACUAUAUAAAUCGAUAUAACCUAAACAUCGACAUCAAAAAUCAAACUAUAACAAUUGAAACUAAUAAUAAAACAUGGUUGAUCAAUAUCGAUAAAGAUACCAAACCCGAAAUACUUCCUGUAAUGUUAGCUAAAUCAGUAAAUCUUCCUCCUAAUUCAAACAGUCAAACUACAGUUUCUAUUCCUAUUUCAUCCAUUACGUCGCCGUUUAUUCUAAAUUCUCGUUUUAAACAAAAUACAUCUUUAGUCGUUGCACAUAAACUUCUUUCAUUUCAAUUUUAUUAUUCUACCAUUAUGCUAUCCAACGAUUCAUCGUAUCGAAAAUUUAUUGAAAAAGGCUUACGCAUCGACUAUUUAUUUUGUUAUGCAUUACCCGAUCAUCACCGUCAUGCUUUCUGUUGUAAACGUAAAACUUUUGGUGCAGCCAGUUCUGGCGUGAUACCAGUAGAUAGUAUCAUAAUAAGGGCAAAUAUGAAGAGCCCAUAG